CACUCACAUUUUCAUCAAACCAUUCGGCCAUGUCUUCAUCAACAAUCUCAAGAUCAACCACAUUCAUCCUCUUCUUAUUCAUUGGUCUCAUCACAAAUGCUCAAGCUGCUGAUUUCCAUGUCAAAAGAUACGGAGCAAGAGCAAAUGGAAACUCCGACGAUAGCCAGGCCAUAAUGAAGGCUUGGAAGGAUGCUUGUAGCUCAACAAAGCCCAGCAAAAUAGUGAUACCAGGAGGGAGAUAUGUGGUGGAUUCAAUGAAAUUUCAAGGGCCAUGUCUGGCUCCCAUUCAUGUUCAAGUGGAGGGAAGAUUGCAAGCUCCAACUAAUAUUAAAAAGAUGAGAAAUGAUGCUAGUUGGAUUGUUUUUCAGUACAUCAAUGGCUUAACUCUCUCAGGAAAGGGCACUUUUGAUGGCAGAGGAUCUCUUGCUUGGAAGCAAAAUCAAUGUGCUUCUUCUGGCAAAUGUGGCUCCCUCCCUAUUAGCUUGAGAUUCUACAGCCUCAACAACAGUUUAAUCAAAGACAUAACUUCAACAGACAGCAAAUUCUUCCACGUGAAUGUGCACAACUGCAGGAAUUUGACCCUUCAAAACAUCAACAUCGAUGCCCCGGGCGACAGUCCAAACACAGAUGGAAUCCAUAUUGGCGGAUCGAGUGGGGUGACUAUACAUAAUGCUAGGAUCAAAACCGGGGAUGAUUGUGUCUCGAUCGGCGAUGGAAGCCAACAAAUUAAGGUGGAGAAGGUAACAUGUGGACCUGGACAUGGAAUUAGUAUUGGAAGCCUCGGAAAGUACAAAAAUGAGAAACCUGUUUCUGGAAUCACUGUGAGAGAUUGCACAAUUACAAACACUAUGUUUGGAGUUAGAAUCAAGUCAUGGCCAGCUUCUACUAAAGGAAUUGCUUCUAAUAUGCAAUUUGAAAGCAUUGUCAUGAACAAUGUUGGCACUCCUAUCUUAAUUGACCAACAAUAUUGCCCUUAUGGAACAUGCAACCGCCAGAUUCCAUCAAGAGUUCAAAUAAGCAAUGUGGGAUUCAAGAACAUAAGAGGAACAUCAACAACUCAAGUAGCUGUAAAGCUUGUAUGUAGUAGAGGAUAUCCUUGCAAGAAUGUGAAGCUAUCGAACAUAAACUUGAAAUAUAGUGGAACCAAUGGCACAGCCAUUUCAGAAUGUUCCAAUGUUAAGCCUGCCAUUGCUGGAAGCGUCGUGCCACCAGCUUGCACUAGGGCUUUUGCAGCUUGAGUCAUUCAUCAACCAAAUCAUUUUAUAAUAUAUACUAUAGCACCCUUUUCAUUGCUUUUCAAUCAUAUGUAUAUGAGAGCAUGAUGAGAGGUGAAGUUUAAUUCAAUUAAUUGUAAGUUGUAACCCACAUUGAUGGGACUUUUCUUCUUUAAUAGAUAACAUAAAAUAUAUUAUUCAAUU